AGAACAUCAGCUUCCCGGAUUAGAUCGGGCCGCAACCCAUGUCCGCCCAGAUGAAUUAGAGCUAGAAUUAUGGUCGACUUUUAGUAUUCAUCUCACCUACCAUCUUGCCACUCUUCUCGCCCCCUGUGCUGCCAUGAAAUUCAAGGGUUUGCAAGGGCAUCAAGAUGGGGGAACCAACAGCAACACCAAGAUGAAUGCUGCUUCGCGCACUUCUCUAAGAGAAGGGCUGAAAGAUAUACGCGUUCUCGCGUUGCUUGCGCAAGAGCUGGGCAGCUUCGUACAUAAGCAAGAUGGACUAGUGCAGCUGGGCUCAGGCCCACAAAACAUCGCAGAAAACAUGCAAGCCCAAAGUUGAGGCGAGCGGUGGCUCAUAGUCGUAAUUUAGUUUUCAAAGCUACUUAUAGUUCUAAUUUUUCAUAGUAUAACUUUUCCUUUUGCAGGGGUAGCAUGGUCUUUUGUUUAAUCGCCAGCUAGUCCUCCACUCACAUUAAUCGCUCGUUAUACAUUGAUAUCGCAACUUUUUGCGAACUGCUCUUCUAAGAGAAAAUGGUGAACAGCGUAAAAGAGAAAAGGAGCCAGGACUUACGGCGGCAGUUAAGGCUCGAGGCAAUAUAGUUCUGACGGCCAUUUUCUUCCCUUUUCUUCUUAGGAUUCUGAGGAAAUGAAAGGCAAGAAGUGAAUUACUUUGAGCUCUAAAGUUAGAGGACGUGGGCAGUGUCAGAGAAGAUCGAGGAGCCCUCAUGAAAGAGGCAGCAAACAUGAUCCUGGGAAAGUGGAUGCGCUUAGCGUUCUUCAUAGCGUACUACUCUGGCUCUGGCCGAGGUGAGCUCAGUAAAGCAGCUUCAAAAA